AUGGAUAAGGGUAUUGAGAAUUUGAUAUCGUCAAGGAAAUCGUUGAAGAUUAGUUUAGAGAAAUCAAAAGCUCUAGGGCUAUUUCUUGAGAAAGCUGAGCCUAGAUUAGAUGAGAUUAAUCAAAGAUUACCCUCUUUAGAAGCCACAGUGAGGCCAAUUAGGGCACAAAAGGAAGCACUUGAUGCUGUUGGCGGUCAUAUUAAUCGAGCUGUGGUUCCUGCUGCUGCAGUUCUUAAGGUUUUUGAUGCCAUUCAUGGGCUCGAGAAGUCAUUAUCCGAUCCCCAAUCGGAUCUUCCGGGGUACCUUAAGGUACUUAAGAGGCUGGAAGAGGCAUUGAGGUUUUUGGGUGAAAAUUGUGGAAUGGCGAUUCAGUGGUUGGAUGAUAUUGUGGAGUAUUUGGAGGACCAUAAGGUUGCUGAUGAUAGGUACAUUUUGAAAUUGAAGCAGGCUCUGGAGUAUGUAAGGGAAUUGCAGAGACAUGAGGAAAAAGGUCGGCUUGAUGGAGGGCUUCUUGAGGCUGCAUUGGAUAGAUUGGAAAAUGAAUUUAGGCGGCUCUUGGUGGAAAACAGUGUUCCUUUGCCUAUGUCCUGUCCAUCCUCACUUGGCGAACAACCCUGCAUUACCCCAUCCCCACUACCGGUGGCUGUUAUUCAUAAGUUACAGGCGAUUCUCGGGAGAUUAAUUGCUAAUAGCAGACUUGAAAAGUGCAUAUCCAUCUAUAUUGAAGUUCGUAGUUCGAAUGUUAGAGCGAGUCUGCAAGCACUCAACUUGGAUUACCUUGAGAUAUCAGUCUCAGAGUUCAAUGAUGUGCAGAGCAUAGACGGUGACAUUGCUCAGUGGGGUAAGCAUUUGGAGUUUGCCGUAAAGCAUCUGUUUGAGGCCGAGUACAAACUUUGUAAUGAUGUCUUUGAGAGGAUAGGACUGGAUGUGUGGAUGGGCUGUUUUGCUAAAAUAGCUGCCCAGGCUGGAAUUCUUGCAUUUCUUCAAUUUGGAAAAACUGUUACGGAGAGUAAAAAGGAUCCCAUCAAGCUACUGAAGCUUUUGGAUAUAUUUGCAUCUCUAAACAAGUUAAGAUUGGAUUUCAACCGCCUUUUUGGUGGAACAGCCUGCGCUGAAAUACAAAAUCUGACUAGGGAACUCAUCAAGAGGGUGAUUGAAGGGGCUUGUGAAAUCUUUUGGGAACUUUUGCGUCAAGUUGAAUUGCAGAGGGAAACUCCACCUCCUUCAGAUGGCAGUGUCCCAAGACUGGUGAGCUUUGUUACUGAUUAUUCUAACAGGCUGCUUGGGGACGAUUAUAAGCCACUUUUGUCUCAAGUUCUGGUCAUUGAACAGAGUUGGAAGCAUAAAAAAUUCCAGGAGAGGUUCCUUAUUGGCGAGCUUCUGAAUCUAAUUAAAGCCAUUGAGUUAAAUCUAGAGGCAUGGUCAAAGGCUUAUGAGGAUGCUGUCUUGUCGCGCCUUUUCUUAAUGAACAAUCACUGGCAUCUAUACAAGCAUUUGAAAGGCACAAAGCUUGGGAGUCUGUUGGGAGAUUCUUGGUUAAGAGAACAUGAACAGUACAAGGAGUAUUAUUCUGCUAUUUACUUGAGGGAGAGCUGGGGAAAGCUUCCCGCUCUUUUAAGUAGGGAAGGUCUGAUUCUAUUUUCAGGUGGUCGUGCUACUGCUCGUGAUCUUGUCAAGAAAAGAUUAAAAGCUUUCAACGAAGCUUUUGAUGAAAUGUAUAAGAAGCAGUCCAGCUGGGUUGUCUCGGAAAAGGAUCUGCGAGAGAAGACUUGCCAGCUUAUAGUGCAGGCAAUUGUACCUGUGUACCGCAGCUACAUGCAGAAUUAUGGGCCAUUGGUUGAGCAAGAUUCAAGUGCCAGCAAGUAUGCAAAAUACACAACUCAGGCAUUGGAGAAAAUGCUCAACACCCUUUUUCAGCCAAAGCCUGUGAAGUAUGGCAGUUUCAAAGUGAGGCAGCCUAGUGGGAAAUUCAACAGCGGGGUAACAGAUCAGUAUCAUUCUUCGCCUACUGUUACAACUCCCUAA